AUGCCUUUCAACCUUCCCCCAGCGGGGAUGUUCCGGCCCGACGAUAAUCUUUAUCGCUUCAGAACGAACGUUUCUGUGGACUCGGAUUCCACUUUAUCCCUUUCAUACCUCGAAGACCACGAUCUUUUACAUUGCUGUUCUUCACAGGCUGAGCGUGUCUCAGUGGGGACAAACAACGCUAACUUCGUCUUUGAGCAGUCCGAUGCGGAUCCUCCCAUCACUCCUACACCAGUCGAUUUCCCCGAGAAACCAGCCGUCGUUGAAGAGAAACAAGGACUUAUUGAGUUCAGGGUGGUCAACAAUGACAAUUCGAGGGAGAGUAACAUCAUCUUGACCGGGUUGAAAUGUAUCUUUCAGAAGCAACUGCCUAAGAUGCCCAAAGACUACAUCGCUCGCCUGGUCUACGAUAAAACACAUCUAUCCAUCGCUAUUGUCAAGCAGCCGCUCGAGGUGGUUGGUGGUAUAACAUACCGACCGUUCAACUCGAGAAGGUUUGCUGAGAUUGUCUUCUGCGCGAUCUCGUCAGAUCAGCAGGUCAAGGGGUACGGUGCUCAUCUGAUGGCGCACUUGAAGGACUAUGUCAAGGCCACUUCACCGAUUAUGUAUUUCCUGACUUACGCCGACAACUAUGCGAUCGGCUACUUCAAGAAGCAGGGGUUUACAAAGGAGAUUACUCUCGAAAAGUCGAUUUGGAUGGGAUACAUAAAAGAUUACGAAGGUGGUACAAUCAUGCAAUGCAGCAUGUUGCCCAAGAUCCGCUAUCUGCAGGCCCCUCGAAUGCUCCAAAAGCAGAAGGAGGCAGUCAUGGCUAAGAUCCGAGCAGUGAGUAAGUCUCACAUCGUUCAUCCCCCGCCAGCACAGUGGAAGAACGGGAUUGUCGAGAUAGACCCGAUGUCAAUUCCGGCGAUCAAAGAGUCUGGAUGGUCACCUUCGAUGGAUGAGCUCUCCCGGCAACCUCGACACGGUCCAAACUACAAUCAGCUUCUGCACCUGCUCAACGACAUGCAGAAUCAUACAGCAGCCUGGCCCUUCGCUCAGCCGGUUAACAAGGAUGAAGUUCCCGAUUACUAUGAAGUCAUCAAGGAGCCAAUGGACCUGUCAACAAUGGAGGAACGGCUGCAGAACGAUCUAUACCCCAGACCAGAAGAUUUCAUCAAGGAUGCCAAACUAAUCUUUGACAAUUGCCGGCGCUAUAACAACGAAACCACACCAUACGCGAAGAGCGCAAACAAACUGGAAAAGUUCAUGUGGCAACAGAUCAAGAAUAUUCCGGAAUGGUCGGUGAGUGGUUGA